UUAUCUUAUAAUACCCCUUAUCCAAUCAAAACCAACAUAUUUGGGGUGUCUGGUGUAUUUUAUCGUCCAUGCUGAAGCAAACGGGGAAAUGGGUCUCCUUGUUACCAAUUGUUUCAAAGCUAGACUCUGCCACUCCUUGCAGUACUCUAUCUAUAAUCCCCACAAUCAAAGUUCUAAAAUUGAGCACGCAAGAAAGAUUUUCAAGCAUUCGCCGUAGUGCAAGGAGAAGAUCAGUGAGAUACGAGGAAGAAGAUGAAGAAGAUGGAGAAGAAGAGUAUGGGCAUAAUGAGGAGAUUGCAAUGUUGGAAUUGUACAGUCAGUCCUCAAGAGAAGAAGCACUUCUUGUGCAUGCAUUCGUGGAUGACCAGGAAGUAGAAGUGCUCAUCUUCAAGGGCUUCUCUUCGUGCUUAAGCUACAAGACUUCACCUGAUCCAUCAAGAAGUGUUCUGCCAGCCAGGGCAGUAAUAAAAUCCAUAGACAGAAUUAAGGGGCCUUUUGACCCCUCCAAUAUAGAGUAUUUAGAGAAAGGCCUAACAUGGGAGGCCUUCAAAACCCGUCUUGUCCCAACAUGAGUACAUCACUUGUAACAAUUUGGGGCCAUUGCUACAAACGAGUGGCCCUGAUGUUCUGUAAAAUUUUCAAAUUUUCUUCUUCUUUCAGGGUUGUACAGCGUUUCAGGUUGUAGAGCGUAAGCGUGUUUUGCCGUUUAAGUAAAUGUUUUUUAAAAAUCGAGCUUAUAUUCUAUUAUCUUUAUAAGAA